CAAGCACUUUUGAAACUCUUAUCAUCUUCAACAUAAACGCCUCUACCAACAUCUGUACUGGUGCAGUCAUCGGGAGGACAAACCCUUCAUGCAAACUGCACCUACUAUCAAGAAGAAGAAGAAGAGUGGCCAGGCUCCUGUCACACGUGCACGUGUUUAGUUGCCGCUCCUCUAUCUCCAGCACACGACAACACACGCUCUUAAUACCUUGUUAUUCUUAACACUGACGCAUCUACCAACAUUUGUACUACUGCAGUCAUCUACCAAGAGGAAGCAUUUAAACUACAGAGAGGAAGAUGCUCCGUCGCGCCUUGAUGAAAUCUAAACCAAUUCUCAUGCCUAGGCCUAAGAUCUGCACAUCACAGCAACAGUGUUUACAGUCGUCUGAUAGAGAUCCUGGAAGUAUUGUGAAAGUGUUGAACCUAGAUGUGGAUGCUGGACUUAUGGUGGAUGCCUACAGCCAGCUUGGUUUUCGACUCAACAACGGGAUGUCUGUGAUUGGGCCUAUUGCAAUUUUCCCCAAGACAGUGCUAAGUUGGAAGGUCAUAUCUUCAAAAGACAUCAAUGAAAACUCACUUUCCCUUUUUUAUUUAUUGGAGCCAAAAAUAGAUCUUCUUGUGAUUGGUGUUGGAGAUGCAGGAAACUAUGUGGAUACACGAAUUAUCCAGUUUUUGAGGAAUAAGGGCAUCGCUACUGAGAUUCUACCAACUGCAUCUGCAUGCACCACAUUCAACUUCUUGAACCAGGAACAUCGCUGCGUGGCCGGGGCAUUCAUACCUCCAAUGAGUAUAUCUGUGAAUGAGGAUGAAAUGGUACAAACUGAGAGGAGAAGAAAACAAUUAUAUAUCUCCCAGCAAGAAGAUGUAGUGUUUUAACAUAGCCAUGUUGAAAAAAUCUUGUCAGUUUUAGUAAGUUCCUGCAGUGCAAAGCUAUUAGUAAUCCUGACCAUUGUUAAAUGCUGCUUUAAUUUUUAAUGUGAUUUAACAUGAAAUAAAGAACAGUGUUCCUGUAUCUUUCAUAUUUAUGUAAAACUAUACACAUUAAACAUAUUCUGUACAGUAUGUAUUAUAUGUAAAUAACAGACAUUCAUUGAGUACUCUUAAGAUUAAUGACCUAUUCCCUCCAUCAUUGAAUAAAAGUUGUUUCAUCUCCAUUGAAAAAGUUUUUAAUAUAAAGGAAUAAAUUAAGCCUUGGCUUUGUACGACUGAUGAUUACAGAAAAGUCUUGACAUUAACAAAUUUAUGUAGCCACCUUUAUCAAUGCUGAUAUAAUUUAGACAAUAAAUUAUUAUUAUUAUUUAUAAAUACAAGAGUUUUUACAUUCUUGUACAGCCACUAGCAUGCAUAGCAUUUUGAGAAAAUCCUUAAUCCUAAUAUUCCCUGGAAUAUGACCCGCUAAAUUGUUUAACAACCAGGUAUCCAUUUUACUGUUGAGUAACAGAGACUACAGUUAAGGAUAGGAUUAAAACUAACCUAACCUUACCAUUCCUUCUGGCACUAGUAAUAUCAUUAGCACAAAAUAGUCAAAGCAGCAAACUGCACAGACCCUUUAAAAAACUUUCUGGCAAAAAUAAUAUAUAAAUUUUACUACACAAAAUAUACAUACACCAUUGUACUGAGUUGACAGACUGAGAUAUACACGGUACAGCUGGAUCAUGGUGUGGUAAGCUAUACCAUUCUUUGGACUUGAAACCAAAUAAGUUCAUCCAAGUCUGUUAGCCAAGGACCAUGGCUGCCCAUAUAGUCAUUCAACCACCGUUUCCCUUGAUUUAUCAGGUGAUGCACACAUCACUGUAUAACACACAAAUAUUUAACUAUUAUAUAUUACAGUACUGUACUCUGACAAAUAUUUUUUCUGGGAGGCCAUUUCAGUAGCUCUUUGGGAGCUUAUAUGACACGUUUUAAGAAGUGCACCAGGCUUUUGAGACCCACACUAACCAACUAGGAGCUGGGACCAGAGUCUGGCUGUACAAGGCAAGGGGUAGCUUGGUAAUCAGAUCACCCAAAAAUCAAGAAAAAAACACCAGAAAGAUUAGGUGACACAAAACAAGCUACUGCUCGAGGACAGAAAUAAAAUCAGAGGCAAGCACUGCAAAUUGGCAUUGCUAGAUUAAAAAAUUGGAUUGGAUUGGAUUGGCGAGCAAUCCUAACUCAACCUGUCCUCUUGAGAAUUUCCGACCUCACUAAACUGUUGUACUAAAGUGCCUGAACCUAACCAACCCGAGGACUCAUGGAACAGAAAACAGGACAUCACGUCAAUUUUUGCAAGCAGCUAUUUUUUUGUACAUUAGUUUUUGGCCUUGUGUAAAGUAUGUCAAAUGCUGUGCUAUCAGGAAGAUUGGUUGCCUAACUUUGAUGCAUCCAGAUGGCAGCCCAGGCAAACGAGAACCAGCUAAUCAGCUGCCAGUCUUGCUCACCUUGUGAUUAAAGGCACCUAACCACUUU